AAACCCCAAAUGGGGUUUCUGGGAUAUUGAUGCUCUUAGAAGUGGAAGAAAAUAUAUCUUUAUUGCCUCUCGGAAACCUAGCGCGGUCGCCAUGGACAAAUCCACCAUAAAAGGUCUGGAAUCGAAGGGUAGUGAUGCAGAGAUUCGAGAAAGCCGUAUUAGCAGGAUUGUGGUUGAGGGAUACGACACCUCCCUUACUAGGGAAGAUGUCGAAAAGGCUUUGAGAAACCAUUUCGCUUCAUGUGGAAACAUAAUCCAUGUUUAUGUUCCCAUAAACGAUGAAAGUGAUAUUCCCAACAGAUUUUCCUUCAUUUAUGUUAAUGGAGAAGACGAAGAAAAGGCAUUGAGGCUUAAUGGAAGUGACAUGGGAGGAGGGAUUUUACAAAUUUAUGCUUACUCGUUUCACGAAAACUACCUUGAUGAUGUCUUGGCUACCAUGAAAGAAGGCCCAGGCCAUGGGCGACAACGCACGUUGGAAGUUACCGGAUAUGACCCUUCCCUUUCUAUGGAUGAUGUCGAGAGCGAGAUGUGUAAACAUUUCUCACCAGCUUCUGCUUUUGCUUACAGAACAUGUGGUGGUCUCAAAAGCACAGCUUUAGUUUAUGUCAUUGGAGAAGACGCUGUACAGAUGGCUCUGGAACUUAGUGGACGUUCUGUGGAUGGAAUGAACAUUGUAGUUACCCAGGUUUUGCCAAGAAAACCGAUCAAGUGUGGCUACACUAAUCCACUUGGCCUGGCCCGCUUUACUGAUGAGCAGAAAGCUGAUCCAAACCUAUAUUUCUUUUAUGAGGAAAAUCAGAAGAAUAAGACUACGGAGUAAUAAGCUCUCUCUUCUUGGGGAGGAGAAGACAUGCUCUUUUGUGCUCUAUUAACUUGUGGUGCAAUGCAACAUUUUUCUUUAUUUUUUUUGUCUGGAUGUUAAACGUUAUGUUUUUUUUUUUGUGUGUGUGGAUGUUUAUGAUAGACUCAAUAAUAUCAUUAUGUCAACUUGGUUAGCUAAAUUGAAAAGCAAAAAAACUCCCUUUCUCCUCCCUCUUUUUGUGUAAAUUAGUUUUGAUCGAUAGAUCGAUCUUUUUCAAAUUAUAGUUUUUGUUAGGCGAUUUUACUAUUCAUGUUUCUUUGUUUUUCUCUGAUUCAUGUUCUUCCGAUUAUAGUCGAUGGGUUUUACAAAGUGGCUGUCUCUGGUUUUAUCUCUCUUUUUUUUCUCUUCUUCCUUGUGUUAUUGAAGUCUUCCAUAUCUGAUGGGGAUAACUUCGUACCUUUCUAGUACCAUCAAUUCUUAGUGAGGCGGUAAACUGCUUUCGGUUUCGCCGGAGAUGGGAGUGUGUUCCUCUCAUCUGGUUGAUGAAGAUUGGAGAAGAAAGAAGUUGGCAACAUUAUAGAAGCGACUAUAGAGUUGGUGGCGAUCUAAACUCUGAAGAAUAAAGCUAUUCAUGGUGAGAAGCUUAUUCUUUGUUGUGGUGGAAAAAGCUAGCGGUGGAAAAAGCUCAACGCAUGAAUGACGCCUGUAGAGACAUGUCACCAAAUACCUCGUCGGAUAUAAAGUUUUUUCGUUUCAUUUUGACAAGUUUUGAUGGAUUUCUUAGGUUUUUCUGAAAUGGACUCAGCAGAGUCAGAGUCGGUGUUCGUUUCUGUUUCCAAUGCGAUCAAAAUUUCCUUUGGUUUAACAUCGGCGAAUCAUGGUUCCUCUGAUUAUUUGGUCCCGGAAAGGUGUUUCGGAGUACGAGAUCCAGGCUUCAAGUCGAUGCGGUGGUGAAGAAGUUCGCUGGAAUUUUCUCUGCGUCGGCGAUGAAGUCAAAGGAGGUGGAGAGUGGAGAGAAGGUCGGUGGAGUCAAGCUAGGAUAAAGCCAUGCAGCAACUUCAGUGUUGGGCCUUAAUCCUGCUACGUAGUUCAUGUGGAUUUAGUAAAAAGGGAAUUAGCACCAAUAACCAUUAAAAACUAUAAUUAAAUAAAUAACCAUGCUAGAAUAUAAUGUAUAUAUUAUACAUUAAUAUAUUAAUUGUUUUUUUAAAGUUUUUGUCGCAAAAAUAUUUCAUCACCAAAAUAAAUUUUAUUAAAGGGUAAAAAUGUAUUUUUACCAAAUGGUUAAUUAAUUUAUGCUUAUGUUUUAGAGUUAAUGGACGAGAUUUUAGUGGUAUGGUUUGAAUUUUUUUUUAAAUAUUAAAAUUUUCAAAUUAAAAUAACUAUUUUAGUCAUUCUCUUUUUUAAUAGUUAUUUUUGUGACCAAAACUUAAAAAAAAAUAUUUAAGAGAAUUACAUUUUUACAUUUCAUAUAUCACACAUUACAAUUUCUUCCGCUUUUUUUUUAAUACAUUUCAUCUUCUUCAUCUCUAAUUGCUCCACUUCUUGUUUCACUUUAAUCACCUCAUCUGUAAAAUAACCACCACCACUGUUACCUACUAUUUCAUUCGUCGCCACUAUUUUGUCAUCAUCUUUUUUUUUAUUGCCGUCAUUGUUUUCUUUUGAGGACCACUGCCACUUGUCAUCUCUUUACCUUCUCCCACUUUUUUUUACUUUUCCAUCUUAUAUGAUGCUCUUUAUUUCUCAUCGACUCCGAUAAUUCAACCAUCUUCUCUGCUAGUCAUAUCUCUUCUUCCGCUUCAUGGUUUUUCUUCUUCUGCAAUUUGAUAUCCGUGAAUGUAGAAUAUAAAUGUGACUUCACAGUAAAGAAUAUAUAAAUAGUAAGCAAUUAUAAAUGUGACUUCACAGCUUUUUUUUUUGUCACAAAUUUUAUUAAUUCAAACUUAAGGCGUUACAACAUUUAUAACCAGAGGUAUUCUCGAUGGUGAGAUGAACAACAAUAACACGGAAACAAUAAAACCUAAGAUAGAAGUGUUACAAGGAGAGACUAGCUCGAAGUAGAGAGAUCUGCGGAUAAUCUUCACUUGAAUCCUUGAAACCACAGCUCGAAAGAGCUUUAGAUAGUCUGAAAAGACGUUGAAAUACCCUAGUGAAAGGGGUUUGAAGAGGAGUGGAAAACCAACUGAGGCUAGCGCACCCGUCAAACGAAAGAAAUCAGCUCUACAACCGUCUAUAUUGCCUCGGGAGACUAUGUGAAUCUCAAUACAUCCGAGUAGCAAAAAGAUCGAUAAGCGAGAUGGUGAGGCAGUUGAAAUUCUUUUCUUCUCCGAUUCCAUUGGUGAAUUUAACAGUGA